AUGGCCAAUGUGGAAGUCGUUGAUACCGUUGAUACCGUUGAUAUUGAGGCCGCACUCGACGAAAUCCUUCACACUACACCCUCUGCCGCAUCACCUGCUCGCGCAUCGGCACCACGAUCGCGACCACCAUGCCGACGCUCGGAAGAUGCGAGAGCAUACCGUCGGGAGAGUGAAAGACUACGUCGCCGCAGAAACAAGGCGAGGAAGCGUGAAAUGAGUGCUUUUCACGCCUCCGCCAGCCCCGACCAGGGCGUCACUUCAAAGCCCACUGAGGGGAGAGACACUGUUAACACAGGCAAUAGCGGAACUACUCAAUCCUCCCUCAUCGGAUUGACAAGUGAUGGGGUCAUAAAUGGUGUUGAAGCUACGGCUGCACUCGGCGAAUCUUUUCUCGCUGAUGUCUCUGCCCCGGAAUCGUCUGCUAACAGAGGGAUUUUUGUCGCAGACAAUGGCGUCUUAGUGUUCAACGAGGACAGAGAGACUGUCAUUAGAGACAAUGGCCCCACAGUGCCCAUCGAGUGGGCAGAUUUGUCAUUUCCGCCACUGCCUGUGGUGCUGCCAGCACUCCUCCCCCUGCCCCCUCCGUGA